AUGGAAGUUAAGUCAAAGGGAAUAAAAUCUAGUGAAGAUAGUUUCAUGGAUGCAACUGGUAGUGUUUUAAGUGGUGCAAUUGGAUCUAUUCCUGUCGUUGGUAGCUUUCUAAGUGGUAUUUUUGGUGCAUUUUGGCCAGGUCCCAAGUAUCUUACUGUUGAAGAUUUUCAAAGAGAAAUAAAAAAACUAAAAGAAGAAAUGAUUGCUUUGAUGGAUCAAAAAAUUGAUGCUGCACUUGAUAAAGUUUUUAAUGCAAUUAUCGACACCGAAGUUUUAUCUUUAAUUAAUUCUGGUAAUAAUUUUUCAGAUGCUGUCAAUUUAUGGGCAGAAAGAAAUGGCCAAAAAGUCUCUAAUGUACCAAAGAAAAAAAGUAAAUUUGCCAUGGAAAUUCAAGAGUUAGGAGAUGAAGCAAUAAAAGAACUUUGCAGAACCCAAUAUCAAAUAUUCACUGGUGAUGCUGAGAGAUGCAUUAUCCUAUUAUCUGAUGAUAGAUUUAAUGAGUAUUCAUUAAAUUCCUUAGUAUUUGCUAUGGCACACUAUGCUUCUGCCCAAUUAGAAUGUAUUGCCAACGGUGUCACAUGGGGUUUUCCAGAAGGUUUCAUUGAAGGUAAUGGGGGAAGUGUUGUUGGUGUUAGGACAAAACUCCAUGAAAGAAUCAACAAGUUCCAUAUGGAUUUCGGAAAAGGUUAUUAUAAAGCAUUAAAAAAGGGAGCCCACCCCUCCGAUGGAAGUAUGUGGAGGAUUGUGGCUGCUGCAGGUUUAGUCCAUUAUUCAGAUAAAAGAUUAUUUAAGUAUCCCGUUAUCAAAUCUGAAACUUCAGAAAUUGUUAUGAAAGAAUUUCAAAGAACCUAUGUUCCCUGGGUACAUAUUUAUCGUAAUCAGGCUACAACUAAGGAUGAUAAUAUUUUAGAUCAUGUUUCAUCUCAAUAUCAAAUUACACCUUUACCUAAUCAAACUAAUAAUGAGAUAUUAUUAUUCACCUUUAAAUGUACUACCCCUCCAUGUAGAAAAUUAAUGUUGACACUUCAUCUUGCUGCUUUCAACUCCAAUCAGUAUACUAUCAUUUCAAGAUUGACAGGCGGGGCUACUUCGCAAGUUAUGACCAAUUCUUUGACAAUGGACUGUCCAACUAUGGAGGUAAUUAGAGAAAGUAUAGUUCAUGGUGGCCAAACUCCAUCUGGUAUAAAGUAUGGAAUUCAUUCACACACAUAUGAAGUGGAUUCACCUCGUACAUCAUUUGAAUUUAAGAUAUCCCGUAUUCAAACCUCAGGCAGCCAAUCCGACUAUCUCCACAUUGAGGAUAUUAAUUUUACAGCAUUGGAAUAG